CUUUUAUCGAAUUUGAAUGAAUAUUUUCGAGAUAGAAAGUCUCCAAAUUGUACAUUUUGCAAUUGCUUUAAUUUAUUAAUUGAAAGAUUAAAAUUAAAUUUUAAAUAAAAGUCAAUCUGUGAUUUUUUUUAGAUGACUGUGAAAUGUCAAUGUUUAAAGUGUAAGUAAUUCCCAAUAAUUCUAAAAAAAAUGCAUGAUGGGAUUCGUACAUUAUUUAAAAAUUUAUUGUUCAACGCAAUAAAAAAAAAAACAUUGCCCAGAAAUUCAAAAAAAUUAUUCGCACGCAAGUAGAAAAAUCUUCCGAAGCAAUUUUCUAAAUAUUUUAUUUAAACUUUUUUUUUCGACAUCUUUUACCACUACGAGAUACGUUCAAAUCACGACUGACAGAAACAAUCAACGAACGUUGACACGCCAAGAUAAAUCAAGCCAGCGACUUGUUUUACAACUUUACUAGCUGUCAAUUGAUCGAUCGAGCAUUUUUACAUAUUCAUUGGAUGUUUAUGAUACUCCUGGCAUUACAUCACUGAUAAAUUGCUGGCGGUUGUAUACAUAGCAGAUAAAACUGUUUGUGGGUAUCUUACUCAGCGUGUGUGUUAUGGCGACAUAACGUUAUAUUGCCUCCAUCAGUCCGUUUAAUUAAGUCGUUUUAGGACAUGCCUGUAGUUGUAUCUCCGACACGUUUCGACAGUUGAACAAGUAUUGUAUACUUAGAGUCGAAUAGAAAGGCGUACAUGCUGGGGCAAGCGAAACUCAGACGAGAUUUCGCAGUGUAAAUCGUGCAGAGCUUAUGAAAAAUUACGACCGACGUGGAAGAUUACAAGAAUGGCGCAUGAUCAUAGACUCAGCAUCAUUACUGUACCAGAUAAACUUACCGAAGACCAGAAAACCGAGUCAAAUGAAGCAAAUCGAACGAGGAAGACCGCGAACUUCGAGGCAGCCAUUGCCGCAGCUGGCCAUGGAAAAUUUCAGUAUCUUCUGCUUCUGGCAAUUAUCCCGGUGUCUUGGGCAACGAGCAUCGACACUUCCAGUAUCGCGAUCAUCCUCCCCUCCGCAGAGUGUGAUUUACAAAUGACAUUCUUUCAAAAGGGUGUCCUAAAUGCCGUCAUGUAUAUAGGUCCGUGUAAACAUACUCUUGUCGUAAACAUGAUUUUUUCCCAUCCAAAUUUAAAAAUAGAUCGCGAUGGACACUAUUUUGUGAACUGUGCAAUGAUGAUAGUUGUACAUCUGUUCGCCACAAAAUCUCGCGAGAGACUGGUCUGUACUACUACUACUACUUCGUGUCUGACUAUGGUGCUAAAUCUACUCGCCGUCUGCAAUAACGAAUGGUUUCCAGUGGUUUCCUGUGGGGCUAUAUCGCCGAUGUCAAAGGCAGGAGAUCCGUUUUCCUCUACGGCUACCUAGCCGACAGUAUUUGUAACAUUCUGUCGGGCUUCUCGCAGAAUUUCUGGAUGCUCGCGUGUUUCAAGUUCCUCAAUGGUUUCAUAAUAAGCGGUCCCUACUCGUCCAUCAUCGCGUACGCUUUCGAGUUCUUCGGGAACAACGGAAGAGGGAAAAUCCCAUUGAUCCUCGGGUUUUCCGUCACGUUUGGAAAUAUCGUGAGCGCAGGGCUGGCGUUCAUCAUCGUUCCACAACGCUGGUCCGUCGUCCUGUGGGACGGCGCGUUUGUCUAUAAUUCAUGGAGACUCUUUCUAUCCACUUGUGCUGUGCCAAUAUUGAUCGGCGUUAGUUGUCUCUCCCUGUUCCCGGAGAGCCCGAAAUUCCUCAUGUCGCAGGGUCGUAUGGACGACGCGUUGAAGGUUUUCAAGAAGAUUUACAGAAUAAACACGGGGAAAUCCGCGGACGAGUACCCGAUACAAUAUUUAGAGAACGAGCUCCCUAAAGCAGGAUUCGAUAACGAUCACGAUGGGAAAAUAGAGAAGAAGGCGAUUUUCUUUAAUCCUCAUAUGCCUCGAAUUAUCUUGGUCAUGAUCAUACAAUUUGGGUCGAUGUACACAACCAACACGAUUCGCCUGUGGCAGCCUCAGCUUUUCACGAUACUGGAAAAUUUCGAUCCGGCGGAUCACAAUCUGACGGCGGAGCACAGUUCGACGUUUUGCGAAAUCUUGGAUCUCUCCGCCGUUGCGAACGGAACUUUCGCAGCCAGUGCGGGAAACGCGACUUGUACAAACAUUGUCGUCGACGACUCUGUUUACGUGAACACGAUCAUUGUAGCCGCCUUCGGAUGUCUUCUUCUUCUGUUGAAUAGCUUCCUACUGAAUAUACUGAGCCACCAAAUCUUACUGUAUAUUUCUUACGGAGUAGCGUUCGCGUGUAUAAUCGGUCUGUACUGGUCGUCGACAAUAUUUAUAACGUUAAUUCUAACCAGUUUCUUCAUUGGACUGACGAACACCACUCAGAAUAUAAUCACCGCCGCAACUGUCAUCAUGUUUCCAACUUCUCUAAGGACGAUCGCAGUGAGCAUGGUGAUGACAAUCGGUAGAAUAGGAUCGAUCGUUGGGAACAUGCUGUUUCCAAUUUUACUGGCUCGAGGAUGCAUCGCACCCAUGAUCCAGUUGGCGUGCUUGAUCUUACUUUGCACCACUUUAACGUGUUUCCUUCCACUGAAGACGACCAAGAAGGCCAAGCAAUAAGAAGUAACGAUCUGUAGAGUCAGUUCAGUUUCCAGCCACGCAUAGUGAUCUCUCACUGGAAGCCUGUGUUUAGAGGAGCUCUCGAACAUUCGUCCACCAACGAAGAAACAACCCUCGUUAGAAUUGGGCCAACUUGGGCAAACAGUCGACACUGGCAGAGGUGAUUCGGCAGACUGAAAGAUAAAAUAGAUUUAUACGUGACUGCGUUACGGUAUUAAGCGUCUCUCCAAGAAUUUGCCAACUUCGCGGAGAAGUUUCUACGUGCAAACACAUAUUCUCUGCGCGACCACGGAUGGUAGAUCGCAUCUCAGAUAGCCUACAGACCCCGUUCCCCGACGUCGAGCCAAGUUGAAUUACACUAAUCCUUGAAUCGUUCCGAAAUGAACCACGGUAUGCUGCUCGUAAUAAUAACGAAAUACGAACUACAUUCUAAAAGGAAGGAGGUAAAAUCGAAGAAGGGGCCACGAUAUUGUGAAACGAAACAAGAGAGUAACAGAAGAGAAUAUGCCAAACGAGAAGAUAAUAAUAGAAAAACGAAGGAACUCGAGGCAAGAGAGCACAGACACGUUCAAUGGGUGGCUGCGGCUAAGAACAACGACAACGUUUGUUCGUUGCACAAUGAAAGAGGGUGGGAUGUUUCCAGUCGGACACUGCUCACGGUCACAUUUCCAGCUAGAUCGAGGAUCGAUCUCGAUUCGAAACAGUGAUCGAGCGCCUCGAGGACGAACGCGGUGUGCUCCUCGGCAGUGUGGCGAACACCAAGUUGCCUCGCGGGAACCUUGGGUUUCACUUUCGACACAUCCUGGAGAGCCCUCCGCGCUGCAGCCUUCACCCACAUGCUCGUUCUUCUCGAUCCCCCCGCGCGCUACCGCUCCGUUCAGCCGGCGUUUCGUGUGGACGCUGGUUUUAUAUCGCACGCCCGGGAUCUCGACACCUUCACGUCGAUCGAGUAAUUACGCGUGUCCAUAAAAGCGACCGCGCGUAUCACAAUGGGAGAAAGUCAAGGUGUCAAGCAGUUGGCCGCAACCUGACGUUCUCUUCAGUCUAUAGAUGGAUGACUGGAUUUUG